AUGGACAAACACAAUACUGCUUCCCACUCGCCGGCGCGGUCGAUUUCGCGAUACAAGAUUUUAGACUCGAUCCUCCCGACGCGCCCGAGCAGUCGACUACGGCUUUUUGGCAAAAGCGAUGACUCGGAAGGGGAAAAAAGCCCGACCAAGCCGGACAGGAACGUAUGGAGCCCUGCCAGCAUGCACGCAUAUGCUGAUUCCGUUGAUGAGCGGGAACAGCGACGCGAGCGUAAGCUGGAGGAGCAGUAUGCGUUUGAGCGCGAAGUCCAGCUCCGCCGCCGACUUAGCGAAGAACAUGCGGCGCAGACUGAAACGCCCGAACAGCGUGCACGAUAUGGUAAAGGCGGCGUGUAUUACCAUGACGAUACUCCGUGCGAUCCUAUGGAUGAUAUCCUGCAGCUGAACAACUUGCUGAGGGAUAAACCUGCAGAACUAAGCGCAUUGGUCGGCCAAACGCGCCGCAUCCGCGGACGGAUCCAUGUGAUGCGGCACAUGGGCCCUCGCCUUACGUUCAUGGUACUGCGCGACUAUAGUAUUACGAUGCAGACGGUCCUGUCUGAGUCGGCGAAUGGUGUGACGGCGCAUAUGCUGCACUGGGCGAACCGGUUGCCGGUCGAGUCCCUAGUGCUAGUCCAAGGCACUUUGCAGCUGCCGCACGAGACAAUUACUGGAUGCAGCGUCACCAAUUUGGAGCUCAAAGUGACGCACCUAUCCCUUAUCUCGGCCAAUCUUGAGCAGCUUCCAUUCAGUGUCGAUGCCGCGGAACGCGCGUUUAACCACUCUUUGGAAGAGCACCACGAUUGGGAAGAGCCUGGCACGCCGCAUACGGACCAUUCUUCGGGACACACACAUGACAGCAACGGAUCGCAUCAUGCACUGAUUAUCACGAUGCGUACGCGCCUGAACAACCGCCUGAUUGAUCUGCGCACGCCAACGGCGCAAGCCAUUUUCCGCAUUCAGUCAACCGUGUGCAAUGAGUUCCGCAAAUAUUUGACCAAGGACGGCUUUCUCGAGAUCCAUACCCCCAAGCUGCAGGGCGGUGCGUCGGAGAGCGGCGCAUCCGUGUUCCAGGUCGGCUACUUUGGCCGCUCGGCCUUCCUUGCACAGAGCCCCCAACUGUACAAGCAGAUGUGCAUCAUUGCCGACAUGAAGCGCGUGUUUGAGGUUGGGUCUGUUUUUCGCGCGGAGAACAGCAACACGGCGCGGCAUAUGACCGAAUAUACGGGGCUGGACUUGGAGAUGGAGGUCAACACCUACUAUGAUGCGAUCAGAGUCAUCGAUGGGAUGCUUAAGCACAUCUUUACUGUCCUGCGCAACGACUGCGAUCCUCUCCUCCAACGUAUCCGGCAGCAUUUUCCCAGCUCCGAGCUUGUCUGGCGCGACGAGACGCUCAUUUUGCCAUUCAGCGAAGGUGUGCGGAUGCUCUGCGAAUCUGGGUACCGCUCAGAAGACGGUAUGGAGCCAGACGUACAUGAAGAUUUGCAGACCCGCGCAGAGAUCCGACUCGGCGAGCUCGUCAAGGAACGCUACGGCACAGACUACUACAUCUUGGACAAGUUUCCCACCGCUGCGCGGCCGUUUUAUGCGCUCCCAGACGAGAACGACCCCCAGUUUACCAACUCGUUCGACAUCUUUGUGCGUGGCCAAGAGAUUUGCACGGGCGGUCAGCGUAUCCAUGACGCAGAGAUGCUCGAGGAGAAUAUCCACCGCCACGGCAUCGAUCCGUCCAGUGGCCUGGAAGAGUACCUCGAAGGCUUCCGCCUUGGCGCGCCGCCGCAUGCAGGAUGUGGUAUCGGCCUCGAAAGACUUGUCAUGCUUUACUUGAACCUGGACGACAUCCGCCUUGCCUCGCUCUUUUACCGCGAUCCAAAGAGCUUUGCGGUGAAAAAGCGGCAGGAGCUGCGCCACCCCGAAGCCAGCACGAAUCCGCCGCCGUGGCGCCAGCAUUUAUCGCUAUUUUCCCAGGGCAACACGCCGCGCUCCUUGACGUCUUCAAUGCAGCCCAUCGAGAAGCUCAUCGCCAACUAUGGCGACUCGUCCAACACCUCCUGGCUCGACGAACGCUUCACGAUAUGGCGCGAUAGCGAUACGGGCGCAGCGGUAGGCUUUUCGAAGCGACGCAGCUAUGCGUUCAUUGUCGGCGAUCCUCUCUGCGAUCGCUCGCAGUAUCCGCGCGUCGUGCAACGGUUCCUCGCGUUCCUCAAGACACAGAAGCGCAAGCCUGUGUGGCUCAUGGUAUCGGAUCAGAUAGAGGCGAUUCUCGGCGGGCGCUGUGGAUGGUGUACCUUGUCUUGCACCGUCGAUCAGCGCGUGCGCGACGUGCGGAAAAACAAUGCACGCCACGACCCAGAAAUCCAACGCAAGCUCCGGCACGCCGAGAAAGAAGGCGUUACUGUGCAAGCUUUCCCGCUGCAUCAGAAUGUGCCGCAGGCGGUGCGCGAUGAGUGCGAUAAGCGCAUCCAAGCUUGGCAUGCCUCGCGGAGAGGCCCACAGGUGCACCUUACCGAUGUCAAGCCGUGGAUUGAUCCGCAGCACCGCUCCUACUUUAUUGCGCGCGAUGCAGACAAGGAAGUUUGCUGCUUGGUCGUCAUUGCACAGCUGUCACCCGAGGCGGGCUACCAAGUCAAGUGGGCCAUGUCGUUUCCCGAUGCGCCGUCGGGUGCGAUUGAAUUCACGAUCCUCCAGGCUUUGGACACGGUUGCAGGCUCGCCGGUCACGUUUGGCACUGCUGCUGCGUCGCGCGUUACUGCCGUGCAUGGACUGAGUGGAAUCGCGUUCAAGAUCCUCUCGCGCGUGUACAAUAAUGUGGUCGAGCGUACACAUCUCUUGCGCAAGGGCGAUUUUCGCGAGAAGCUCGGCGCGCAGAAUGAUCCUACAUAUAUUUGUUAUCCAAAAGGCAGUUUGUCGGUGUUUGGUGCGCGUGAUAUAGUAGACUUUUUCCGUGAGGGGUCGUAA